CCGGUUGAUCCCUCCUCCGUCUGAAUUCCUUACUACUUAAAUUCCACUCCCUGCUUAUUUCUCCCCACCGCUCGCCCCAGUUGAUCGGUGGCCAGCCCGUUGUCAACUCUGCGUCCGCCCUGACCGGAAUGCCUGGCCCGACUGCCUCCGAUUUCCCUUCGUCUUCGUCCUCCUCUGCCUCCGAGUCCUCCUCCAGCACCUCGGUCCUGCCGGGACCCCCGAGUACCCGCGCUCGCAGCCCGUCAGCAUGUACCGUCCCCAGAUCCUCACAUCCCUGGACCCCAGACAGUCUGCCCUCGCCUAACGCCUCCUCGUCGACCCGGUUGCAGAUGCCGUCCAUCGAAGACCCCGCGCCCGCCGUCAGCUCGGACGCUUCCGCGGCGGGCAUCCACGGUGAUACAGACGAUCGGAACACGAGCGAAUUGGCCGCCUCCGCCUUCCUGGCUGUCCCCCAGUAUACGCACGUCUUCGAGUCUCCCGAUCGGCCCUACGCUACUUCCUCCGAGGUGGUGAAUGCGGUGAGGGCGCGCGACGAUUUACUGGUGCGUCAGACUGUGCCCGACCAUGCGCCCAACCCGUCGUCGCCCCCGGUGGAAUGGUACGUCUCGGACUCGGAAAUGACGGACGCGCUGUCGGAGAUGGGUGGCGUCCCGCUGGAACCCUACAUCGGUGGACACGUCGGUAUGGCAGCCCUCCUCAACCAGUCGCUGGAUACCCCGGUCUCCGCACACCACGUCGCGUCCACCAUCUCCAGCGACACCGAAGAUGGGGAGGCGACCGAUCUGAUCAUGGACUAUGAGCCGUCGGUGAUGGAGAACCGGUCCACGUCGCAGUCCAUCGCAGAGGACGACCCGGAUGACACGCAAAAGUUCUACUCGGAUGAUGGCGAUGAAUACGACGACGAUGUCGCCAGUGACAUGGGGACCCGCCAUGGCACGGCGUACUUGUCGGAGGAGGAGCUGGAAGACUUCUAUCACGACCCACCUUCACCCUCGGCUCCUGAAUUAUCUGAUCUGGGGCCCGGUUCCAUGCGCGACGACUACAGCAAUGUUUUUUCCGAGGGGGACGAUUCAAGCAAUGCCGACCCGACGGGCGAGACGCAUUUUGCUGCUCCAGUGGUGGGAACGACCCGCGAAAGGAAUCUGAACGUGGACCAGUUUAUUGCCCAGUGGCUGUACCAGUCGUCCGCCGCGUCCGCGAUUCCCAGUCUGUCGAUGUCGUCGGCACACCUCCCCCGCAGCGCCAUUGCGCAUCUGAUCGGGUGGAUUCCCCCGCCGAAAAUCUAUCGACCGCCGGGGUAUGCGCGAGAUUUCUACGAUCUGCAACAGAUCCCCUGGUGGGAUGCCUUGCGGAUCAAACGGGCUUAUGUGCGCGAGCUGCGGGACCAGUCGUAUACAUCGUACCACAACCUGGAAUAUUCCCGGCAACGGCCUGGCGCGAGGUUGCCGCAGGAAGAGUCGUACUUUCGCGGCAAGGCCAUGUACACGGAACACAAAGCCACCAUCGAGCACUUUCAGCUCCGGAACCUGAUGUCGGUGGCGGCAUAUAAUACCGUCCACUUUGCACACGAGUCAAAGGUCUACUCGUGGGUGCCCGCAUACGACGAUCUCGUCUGCCUGCUCGAUCUGUCACGGCCGACGGUCGAGUCGGGGCUGCAGGGCCCCGUCAAGAUCUCGACGAUGAAGUCGGCGCACGACACGACCAUCGCGGGCGGGUUUUCGGGCGAAUAUGCCGUGCGAGCGGCGGGCACGACAGGCCCGGGCGUGCAAGGCUAUGUAACCAAGGACGCGAAUGGCAUCACCAACCAUGUCGACAUCAUUCCGAGUCGGACGAAUCGGUCUCCACAGGGGAUCUUCGCGUCGAAUGACCGUCACUUGCGGGUGCUGGAUUGCGAGACCAACACGUUUGUGGCGGACCACGAGCUCUCGCGGGCCAUCAACUGCACGACGACCUCGCCGGACGGGCGCCUGCGCGUGCUGAUUGGCGACUCAGCGGACGCGUGGGUCGUCGAAGCGGAUACCGGGCGCCCGGUGCACCCCUUGCGCGGACACCGCGAUUUCGGGUUUGCGUGCGCCUGGGCGCCCGACAUGCACCACAUCGCCACGAGCAAUCAAGAUAAGACAGCGAUCAUCUGGGAUGUGCGCAUGUGGCGGAUGCUGCAGAAGAUCGAGUCCGAUGUGGCCGGAUACCGGUCACUGCGCUGGUCGCCCGUGGGCGGCGGGCCGCGCACUCUGCUGCUGUGUGAGCCGGCGGACCGCAUCGCCGUGGUCAACGCGCAGACAUACCAGCGUCGACAAGUGCACGACUUCUUUGGGGAGAUCGGCGGUGCCGACUACGCGCCGGAUGGCAGCACGAUCUGGGUGGCCAACACGGACGAGCACUUUGGCGGGUUCCUGGAAUAUGAGCGACGGCAGUGGGGACAACGAUAUGGGCUGCGGGAUCGACCGAACGAGUGGCUGCGCGAGACGGAGCUGGACGACGACGAGCGAUGCAUGUUGACAGAGCGCGAGCGACAGCAGCGAUGGAUGUGGACUUUGGAGGACGAGGAGCAUGAAGCGAUGCUAUUGUAGCGAUGGGUGUAUGAGUAGUGCAUUAUAUUGCAUAAUUGGGCGGAGCCGUGAUUUAGAGAUACCACGUUAUUGCAGUUUUAGCCAUGAUUCGAAGCAUUCUCACAACCCUGUUCA